GGCGCGGGGCGCGGGGCGCGGCGGGCGCGGGACCGGGACGGACCCGGUGCGGCCUGAACGCGGCUCCCCCUUUCCGGCGGGGCCGACGUCAUGUCGGGCUUCAGCCCGGAGCUGAUCGAUUACCUGGAGGGGAAGAUCUCCUUCGAGGAGUUCGAGCGGCGGCGGGAGGAGCGCAAGAGCCGGGAGAAGGAUGGUGAAAAUGCAUCUGCUGAGGAAAACGCUGAUGAUGUAGAGGCUCCGUCUUCAUCCAGAAAAGCAUCCAAGAAAUCCCAAAGUCAGGAUGAAACUGAGGGAGAAACUUCAGAUGGUGUCAGUAAAUCUGUUCAUCGGGUCUUUGCAUCCAUGCUUGGGGAAAAUGAAGAGGAGGAGGAUGACGAAGAGGAAGAAGAAGAAGAGGAAGAAGAAACUACGGAGCAACCCACAGCUGGAGAUGUUUUUGUGUUGGAGAUGGCACUUAAUCGAGAGACCAAGAAAAUGAUGAAAGAGAAAAGACCUCGCAGCAAACUUCCUCGUGCCUUGAGGGGUCUGAUGGGAGAGGCCAAUAUCAGGUUUGCUCGAGGAGAACGUGAGGAGGCUAUUCUGAUGUGCAUGGAAAUCAUUCGACAAGCUCCUCUUGCUCAUGAGCCAUUUUCUACUCUUGCCAUGAUCUAUGAAGACCAGGGUGAUAUGGAGAAGUCAUUACAGUUUGAACUGAUUGCAGCUCACUUAAAUCCCAGUGAUACUGAGGAAUGGGUUAGACUAGCAGAAAUGUCCCUGGAACAGGACAAUAUUAAACAGGCUGUUUUUUGCUACACAAAAGCUCUGAAAUACGACCCUACCAAUGUGCGUUAUCUAUGGGAAAGAUCAAGCCUGUAUGAGCAGCUGGGAGAACAUAAGAUGGCUAUGGAUGGCUACAGGCGUAUUUUGAAUCUCUUGUCUCCCUCUGAUGGAGAGCGCUUUAUGCAGUUGUCUAGAGACAUGGCAAAGAGUUAUUAUGAAGCCAAUGAUGUGACUUCUGCUAUUGACAUAAUAGAAGAAGCUUUUACUAAACACCGUAGCCUGGUUUCCAUGGAAGAUGUUAACAUUGCAGCUGAACUAUAUAUUUCUUCUAAACAGUAUGACAAAGCGUUGGCGGUUAUUACAGAUUUUGCAGGAAUUGUACUUGAGAAGAAAGUAUCAGAAAAAAGUGCAACCGAGGAGAAAAAAGAUACAGGGGCAGCAGCAGAAACUAAAGAAGACCAGGAGGCAGUGGCUGAUGACCAGAGUCCUCCAGUUGCUGAAUCCCCUGCUGCAGCUGUGGAAAAGGUCACCUGCUGCAUACCUGAGGGCAUUCCCAUAGACAUCACGGUCAAGCUGAUGGUGUGCUUGGUUCACUUGAACAUCCUAGAGCCGCUCAAUCCUCUCUUGACCACUCUGGUGGAACAAAAUCCUGAAGAAAUGGGUGACUUAUAUUUGGAUGUCGCAGAAGCAUUUCUGGAUGUUGGAGAAUACAACUCAGCAUUGCCUCUCUUGAGUUCCCUUGUCUGUUCAGAACGAUACAACUUGGCUGUUGUCUGGCUUCGACAUGCAGAGUGCUUGAAAGCUUUGGGGCACAUGGAGCGUGCCGCAGAGAGCUAUGCCAAAGUUGUUGAUCUUGCUCCAUUGCAUCUGGAUGCAAGAAUCUCACUUUCAACACUUCAGCAGCAGCUGGGCCGACCUGAAAAAGCUCUGGAGGCUCUGGAACCAAUGUAUGAUCCAGAUACACUGGCUCAGGAUGCUAACGCUGCCCAGCAGGAAUUAAAGCUACUCCUCCAUCGUUCAACACUGUUGUAUUCCCAAGGCAAAAUGUAUGGCUACGUAGAUACUUUACUUACAAUGCUGGCAAUGCUGUUGAAGGUAGCAAUGAGCAGAGCUCAGGUGUGUUUGAUAUCUAGUUCCAAAUCUGGAGAGAGACAUCUCUAUCUUAUUAAGGUGUCAAGGGAUAAAAUUUCUGACAACGACGACCAAGAGACAGCAAAUUGCGAUGCAAAAGCAAUUUUUGCUGUUCUCACGAGUGUUCUGACAAAAGAUGACUGGUGGAACCUCCUCCUGAAGGCUAUAUAUGCCUUGUGUGACCUCUCCCGCUACAAGGAGGCAGAGCUACUAGUGGAUUCCUCAUUGGAAUAUUAUUCAUUUUAUGAUGAUAGACAGAAGCGCAAGGAGCUGGAAUAUUUCGGGCUCUCUGCUGCAAUUCUGGACAAGAACUUCAGAAAAGCAUACAACUAUAUCAGAAUCAUGGUAAUGGAUAAUGUCAAUAAACCUCAGCUGUGGAACAUCUUCAAUCAAGUUACUAUGCAGUCGCAGGAUGUCCGUCACCAUCGCUUUUGUCUCCGCUUGAUGCUAAAAAAUCCUGAUAAUCAUGCACUGUGUGUCCUGAAUGGGCAUAAUGCAUUUGUGUCUGGCAGUUUCAAGCAUGCUCUUGGACAGUACGUGCAAGCCUUUCGUGCAAACCCAGAUGAACCUCUGUACAGUCUUUGUAUUGGCUUGACUUUCAUCCACAUGGCUUCCCAGAAAUACGUGUUAAAGAGGCAUGCUCUCCUAGUACAGGGAUUUUCCUUCCUUCACCGGUACUUGGACCUGCGUGGACCAUGUCAAGAAUCGUUCUACAACCUUGGCCGUAGCCUUCACCAGCUGGGAUUGCUGCACCUGGCAAUUCACUAUUACCAAAAAGUGCUUGAACUUCCUCCUCUCACCUUAGAGGGAAUAGAAACUGAUCAGACGGACUUGAGAAGAGACACUGCCUUUAACUUGUCACUUAUUUAUCACAGCAGUGGGAAUAAAAGAAUGGCUCAAAAGAUGUUGUAUACUUAUGCAGUUGUAUGAUGAGGUUUGGUGGCAGGCAGAAUUGAUCCUCUUUCUAUUCACUUUUGGAUUCUGCGGUGCUAAGAAACUGGUUUUAGGGUACAGCUUUUUCUACAGAAGGUCAGACAGCUUGUGCUGUCUCUGGCUUUAUGGGCUUUUUCUACUGACGUUUGAACUGGAUCAUGUACAAAUGGAAACUGUCAGUUCAAGUACAAUGCUGACAUGCCUAAGUGUGUCUGUUAUUAGCUCUUUUAUGCAUUCGUCUGUAAUUUGAUAUUCAGCCUUGUAUAAGGAGUCAAACAGUGAAAACUGAAUCCUAGUUUGUUUGUUUGUGGGAAAAUUUAUGACGUGCAAUAUCAACUGGUUACCAGUGAGGUUGUUCAAGAAGCCAUGUUCACUGGUGAUGAAGAUUUUUUAAUGUGCACCAUUUAAUUCCUAUAAUAGAGAAGAAAUCCUUUGAGGAUGGAGAACUCGGUAUUUCAAAAUCUUUAAAGUAUUCAAAAUUUUCUAGUUUAUAUCCUGAGGAGCUUCUAUUUGCAGGAGAUUGAUUUCUGUUUUACUGAAAUCAGUGUGACCUUUGUUCUUCCUCUGAAUUUGUUAAUAAAAAAAUCCGAGGUUACUGAUAAUGUUUACUCACUCUUGGCUAACAUAGAUCCUACUGAAUAGCUUAUAGCAAAAUUGAAUGUAACAAGCUCAUACAACUUAUUUAAUAUAUAUUGCAAGUGGUCUAGGGGGUUAAUUAUUAGUGGCAGCUGAACAGUAGCACAUGAUGGUGGAAGCACGCUGCUUCCAGCCCAGCAAGAGAAGCCGUAUGCAAUGCUUACCAUAAAUAGAGGGAGUACAUAGUUACGUACAUGUAGAGAUGGAUAUCUGUUAUGCACUGCAGCAAAAUAAUGCUGAAAAUUAUUUUUUCAGCAAGGUAGCUUGCUGAACAGAAAACAAACCUCGCUGUUACCUCCCAAGCACUCUUGUUACUUACAGCAUUGCAGCUAACUGCUGCUUUUUGCUUUCAGGCCACUUUUAUAGGUAUUUGUGUUCUGUCACCAUUUCACACCAUCGCAAUCAGUGAUUAAGAAACCAGUCUUGUGUAAUUGCCUAGACUAAUGCUUAGAAACCAGAAGCCAGAGAUCCAGUACACAGAUUCCUCUGGCAAUAUUCUACUGCAAAACCGAGUCUGAAAUAUUCAGAAUCCCACUUGCUUGUACAUUUGUUUAAAUGGACCUGAUGGAGAGGAUGGUUGUGGGUUCUUUUAAAGGAUUGUCUUAAAAAUUGACUAACAGUGGGGCAUUACU